AUGGUUAACAUGAAUAAACGUUCAACAUCUGAUUUUGGCGGAUUUCAGCGGCGAUUUGAAGAACAACGUCUACCACUACUGCCCCGAAUGAUGCAGACCCUCAGACGACAUUUCCAGCUCUUACUCGCAACUUACAAACGUGGACUCGGCCUCCCUCGGGACGUAGACGAAGAUCAAAAACGUCAGCUCCAGAUAGAUGAAAUCUGA